CCAAAUUCGCCGGUCUUGCCGCUGUCACGCUGGAUUCGACCGAAGCGAGGGGCUCGGGUCCUUCGCUUGGUUUUCAAGAUCUACUAUUCGUAAAAGUUGCCCUGUAUGUAACUUUCUUUCUUUAUACGAAGAUCUCUACAGGCAGUCACUCCAUGCAUUUCAUUCUCCAACAUCUCUAUGUUUUGUUCGGAAUAGCUUUUCUGAAACGUACUUCGGUUUGAAAUAAGGUAUAAGGUACUUUGUUCGUUUGUUGUUUCUUUGUUCGUUGUGUGUGUCAUAUGGUCUAUUUUGGGUAUUGGGUACUCAUCAGACCAUUCGGUUCUUAAGCACCUUGAUCUGGGUAUUAAAGAAAUUUUCGAUCUGAUUGUUAGGAAUUUGUGGGUUUUGGUUUGAAAAAUCUGGUCGAACUACGGCUGGAUUUCGAGAUGUAUUGUAUUCUGGAUCUGGUCGAUAAAAAUUGGUCCUCUUUUGAGAUGUGUUCGAUUUGGUUGAUGUGAUUUGAUUGAGAUUUACAUAGAAACUUGUUUGUUUGGGUUGUCUUUUGAAAGUUCGUGGAUUUCGGGCGUGGUUGUAGAUUCAUUUGUUUUCUGAAUCUUGUGACAAUGCCCUCUACCGAUAACCAGGGUUCGUCGCCUUUGGCCUCGUUUGGCCGUUCGAUUUGGAGUAUGAGGAGAGAACAGGUCCACUCCAUGGAACCGAAUCAUGAGUUCAGUGACCAGGAAUCUGAGCUUGAAUUGUUCCAAAAACAGGUUACUGAUCGUUUUCAGGACCUGGCAGCUGUUACUCCUGAUGAGUUGCUCUCAAUUGCGUGGGUACGGAAGCUUUUGGAUGUUUUUGUCAGCUGCCAGGAGGAAUUUAGGAUUAUCUUGCUGAAAAACAAAGAGUGGGUCUCUAAACCGCCUUUGGAUCGACUGGUUGCUGAAUUCUUUGAAAGGAGUGUGAAAGCGCUUGAUCUUUGCAAUGCAACUCGUAAUGGGAUUGAGAAUAUUCGUUUGUGGCAGAAGCAUUUGGAGAUUGUUGUGUGCGCUUUGGAGUCUCAGCAGAGGGCGUUGGGUGAAGGCCAAUUGCGACGUGCAAGGAAGGCUUUGGUGGAUAUGGCACUUACGAUGCUAGAUGAGAAAGGCUCAGGGUCAGUUUUUUCGCACAGGAAUCGGUCAUUUGGGCAACAUAACGCUAGCAAAGAUCAUCAUCGUCGUCGGUCCUCAGGUGGACAUUCUCGGUCUCUUUCAUGGAGUGUAUCUCGUUCUUGGUCUGCAGCUAAGCAACUCCAAUCAAUUGCGAACAACUUGAUCCCACCUCGUGGGAAUGAGAUUGCGGCUACAAGUGGGCUUGCGGUCCCAGUUUUUACCAUGAGCUCUGUGCUCAUGUUUGUUUUAUGGGUUCUUGUUGCUGCAAUUCCGUGUCAGGACCGAGGUCUGAAUACUCAUUUCUCAAUCCCUCGGCAAUUCUCGUGGGGAAAUCCACUGCAAUUGCUUCAUGAGCGCAUCCUAGAGGUAUCUAAGAAGCGGGAGCACCGGAACUCGAAUGGUUUGUUGAUUGAGAUAUGUCAGGCUGAGAGAUGUGCACGCCAGAUGACUGACUUGGUAGAUAUGGUUCAGUUUCCAUUGUCGGAAGAACAGAAAAUGGAAGUUGAGCAGGGGGUACAGGAGUUGGCACUGAUUUGUAAAGCUUUUAAGGAGGGAUUGGACCCGUUGGAGCGCCAAGUGAGCCAAGUUUUCCGUAGCAUCAUGAAUUGCAGAACUGAGGGACUCGAAUUCUUCUCUAAAUCAAACAGUUUGGAGUAACUGAGACUGUUGAAUUGCCAUGGAGUUCAAAAUAUUCAGAUUUGCGAACAAAUCAUUUAUUUAGAUAUUGCCUGCCUUUCUCGCAAGGGGGAAGAAUGACUCAAAGUGGCCAGAAACAAUAAACGAUAAGCAGGUAGCUUUCUUGUAUUUUGUUUCUUCUAUACUUUCUGUAAAGAAGAUAGUAUUUGUAUGAGAUUUUUCUUUUUUUCUUUUUUGCUAUAUGGCAGUGCUCUGCGUCUUGUUUUGAUGUAGUUUCUUUCUGUCGCUUUGUAAAGUGUAAAUGCUAUGCAUUUAAUCAGUCAUGUCUGUAAUACAGCUUUUUGUUUGGUAGAUAAAGAUUCCUACUUGUUGUUGAUUA